CAUGGCUAGUGGCUCGCGUGUGACCCAUGUUGCAGGCGACAGGGGUUAGACGAGAGUGGUGACCCGGGGGCUGGGGUCAGGAGCGGCGGAGCUCCUAGCCGUGGAGCCGAGGAGGCCACCCGGCGGAGGCACGACGGGCGCCCCUCGGCGGGAGCGGCGGAGCACACUCUAGUCGCCUGGAGUCCCCUUGAGGGGAGCGGUGGAACGGUCCUUUAUCAGGGGCCCCAGAGGAGGGAGACCACGGAAGGGACACAGACGGCUGCAGAGAUGAGGACGAUGAAGAGGGGCAGUGGAGGGGCGGUAGUGGCGAGGAGAUGAUCGAGAGAAACCGCGUCAGGAAGGGGCGGCGCGGAAGGUGGCAGAGGUGAGGUAGCUGUGGAGGGACCGGCCAGAGGGAGGCGGACGUCAAAAAGUCCUCUGGCGUGGAUGUGAGGUGGCAAUGUAGAGGGGCUGAAGAGGAUUCAGAGGGAGAAGAGAGCUGCGUGCAGGGUCCCUAGGGUAUGACCUAGUAGUGAAGGCACCCGAACCAGGCACCUAAGGCAUUUCAAGCAGUAACUUCCUCCGUUUGAGUAGGAAUGUGGGUCCUCCUCCGAAGCGGGUACCCCCUCCGCAUCCUGCUGCCCCUGCGUGGGGCGUGGAUGGGACGGAGAGGCCUGCCCCGAAGCUUGGCCCCGGGCCCUCCUCGCAGACGGUACAGGAAGGAGGCUCUUCCCUCCUUGGAGGCACCAGUGUUGCCUGUAACCACAACUGAAAUCCGCCAGUAUUUGCGGGCCCGUGGGAUCCCCUUCCAGGAUGGACACAGCUGCCUGCGGGCACCGAGUCCCUUUGUGGAGGCCUCAAAGCUCAAGGACCAGACUGGUGCAGCCUCUUCCUUCAGCCUCUUCAUUGACAAGACCACGGGCCGCUUUCUCUGCAUGACCACCCUAGCAGAGGGGAGCUGGGAAGACUUUCAGGCCAGCGUGGAGGGGCAAGGGGAUGGGGCCAGAGAAGGGGUCCUACUCAGUGAGGCCCCAGAAGCUGAGGACAGUGAAGAGGUCCGGAGGAUCUGGGACCGAGCCAUACCUCUCUGGGAGCUGCCUGAGCCAGAGGAGGCCCAGCUAGCUCGCAUGAUGUUUGGCCUCACCAGAGUGACAGAUGACACACUUAAGCGUUUCAGCGUGCGCUAUCUGCGGCCUGUUCGCAAGCUUGUCUUCCCUUGGUUCUCCCCUGAAGGUUUGGGAUUGCGAGGCCUGAAGCUACUAGGGGCUGAAACCCAGGGCAAUGGGGUGCAGUAUGUGGAGACCACCAUUCCCCGGCCUGGUGCCUACCACAACCUGUUUGGGUUACCACUGAUCAGUCGACGAGAUGUUGAAGUGGUAUUGACAAGUCGAGAGCUGGACAGUCUGGCCUUGAACCAGUCCACAGGGCUGCCUACUCUAGCCCUACCCCGAGGAACAGCCUGCUUACCCCCUGCCCUGCUUCCUUACCUCGAACAGUUCCGACGGGUCGUGCUCUGGCUGGGGAAUGACCUUAGGUCCUGGGAAGCUGCCAAGUUGUUUGCCCGAAAACUGAACCCCAAACGAUGCUCCUUGGUGCGGCCUGGGGACCAGCAGCCCUCUCCACUGGAGGCUCUGAACCAAGGCUUAAACCUUUCUCGUAUUCUACGUACUGCCCUGCCCGCCUGGCACAAGUCUAUCGUGUCUUUCCGGCAGCUUCGGGAGGAGGUGCUAGGAGAACUGUCAAACGUGGAGCAGGCAGCUGGUGUUCGCUGGAGCCGCUUUCCAGACCUCAAUCGUCUUUUGAAGGGACAUCGGAAGGGCGAGCUGACAGUCUUCACAGGGCCAACAGGCAGUGGAAAGACAACAUUCAUCAGUGAAUAUGCCCUGGAUUUGUGUACCCAAGGAGUGAACACGCUGUGGGGUAGCUUUGAGAUCAGCAACGUGAGACUAGCCCGUGUCAUGCUGACACAGUUUGCUGUGGGACGACUGGAAGAGCAACUGGACAAAUAUGAUGAGUGGGCUGACCGCUUUGAGGACUUGCCCCUCUAUUUCAUGACUUUUCAUGGGCAACAGAGCAUCAGGACUGUAAUAGACACAAUGCAACAUGCAGUCUAUGUUUACGACAUUUGUCAUGUGGUCAUCGACAAUCUGCAGUUCAUGAUGGGUCAUGAGCAGCUGUCCACAGACAGGAUUGCAGCUCAAGACUACAUUGUCGGGGCCUUUCGGAAGUUUGCAACAGACAGUAGCUGCCAUGUAACCCUGGUCAUUCACCCCCGAAAAGAGGAUGAUGAUAAAGAACUACAGACAGCAUCCAUUUUUGGCUCAGCCAAAGCAAGCCAGGAAGCAGACAACGUUCUGAUCCUGCAGGACAGGAAACUGGUAACUGGGCCAGGGAAACGGUAUCUGCAGGUGUCCAAGAACCGCUUUGAUGGAGAUGUAGGUGUCUUCCCACUUGAAUUCAACAAGAGUUCUCUCACCUUCUCCAUACCACCAAAGAGCAAGGCCCGGCUCAAGAAGAUCAAGGAUGACAAUGGACUAGUGGCCAAAAAGCCCUCUUCUGGCAAAAAGGGGGCUAUGCCCCAGAUCUCUGAGACUUGUUCCAACCAGGCCCGCAACCCCAACCAGCCAGACCUCUCCAAGCCUUCAAGGUGAAGACACUGCAGAGCUGGACAGUGAAACACCCCUGGCAGGACAGUGUGGGGUAGAGACUCUCAGUCCUCUGCUAGGGCUGCCUCUGCCCUGUAGUUGUGAGCUAUGGGCCCCUGUCUCACCCUGAGGGGCUUAGCAUAGGGAAUGGUUUCAUUUCGAGAGAAUUCAAUUUAGCAAAUAUUUGAGAACCUACUAUGUGCUAGGCUUGGUUCUAGAUUCUGGGAAUAUAGCACUGACAAGACAGAUGAGGUCCCUGCUUCCAUGGAACCUGUAAUCUGGUAGAAGAGACAAGCAAUGAGCAAAUACACACAAAACAUAGUUCUCAAUAGUGAAAAUAUGCUCUAAAGGAGAAAAAUACAGUAAUGUGAUAGUGCUUACAGUCUAGUUUAGAGUAAUAUUUGAAAAGGUAUCUCUGAGCAGAGGACAUUUGAGCUGGGACCUCUAAAGAACUAGGAUUGAGCCAUGUGAACAUGUGGAGAAAGAGGAAUCCAGGCAGAGGAAAAAAUACAGAGGCCCUGAGGUGAGAACGAGCAAGUUGAGGUCAAAGCAGGGGGGGUCAGGCUCCCUGAACCUAUAACUUCUUGUCAAAACUCCAGCCCAGGCUUUCAGAGCCAAGGGGUGACAUGGCGGACACCAAACUCCUCUACCCGCCACUCUGAAGCCUCCCCUGAAGUGGUGCUUACUACCAUCUGAUCUAGGUGCUUCACCCUUGUAUUAAUAACACCAGGGCUAGCUACAAAGGUGGAAGCCUGGAAGAGAGCCAUGGAAGGGAGCUGUGAGCCCAGAGUGCCUGCCACCUAGACACUCAUUCCAUGGUAUGCUGCUUUGGACUGGUGGAGUGGAUGCAAUCAAGACUUUUUGUAGAGCCUUUUCCAGUUUUACUGAAAAAUAAAAAUAAAAAUAUUUUUUUUUCCAUU